AUGCGCAUUAGCGAGCUUGAAGCGCCAAACGAUCUUUGGUCGUUUCCGCCUUGGAAUCUAUUAGCCCUCUCUCUUCUCAUCAAAACCGUCUUCACCUCGGUCGAAAGGCUGCAAUCACGCAUCCAAGCAUCCGAGCCUCGAGAUAGCCGAAGGAAUUUUCCUGGCGCACGGCGCAAGGUCCUUUCGCCGAUUCGAGCCUUCUUCGUGUCCCACGCUCAUUGUGUUUGCCAUCCUCCGGCCAAUCCAGUCUUAUAUUCGUCAACUAUUUCGCUUCCUUUGUUAUCCGUAUUCUCUCGAGAGACUUGA